AUGGUUUCCUCGGCACCCAACAAUCCGCCUUUCCCCGCUUACCGAGCUACCGAUAAGGGCAGUUUCGCUUGGGAUAGUACCGUGAGGCGUUGGCCCAACAUUAUCGACAAUGCGUUCAACGACUUUAAGACUGCCAUGGAGAAGAAUGACAAUGCUGAUGCGCGACGGGAAGGCAAGGAAAUUCUGGAAUCCAUCACAACCUUGAAGAAUGAGAUUGCAGGCGACAAACCUUUACGCUUACUCUUGGACAAGGAUUCGGACGUGGAUGACUGGAAUCGUCACAUUUCCAACUACUUUGCUGGUGUUACGUGGUUCACGGGCACUUGGUUGUUCAAUGAGUGCUAUCUUUAUCGACGUCUUCGAGAGAUCUAUAUCAUGAGCCACUUUUGGAAGUCUUAUGAUCCUUUUGGUGAACAAAAGCUGGCAACAUUUCGUGGAUCCCAUGGUUCGGUGUUUGAUCUUGCACGCAAGAUGCCUGAAAUGAUUCAACCCGUGUCAGAGGAACGCAAGGAAUUGGUGUAUCAAGAGCUUCUUCAAGUCUGCUUGUGGGGCAAUGCCACCGAUCUCAGCCUUUUGACCAAUAUGACCGAAGAAGAUAUCAAGCGCUUGCAGGCUGUCGAAAAGGAGAAAUUGGCAGAGCAAAAGAAGCACAUUUUGGUGGAUAACAUUGAUGAGAUCUGGGAAAAGCUCAAAACACUCAAGGAUGGUCGUGUUGAUUUCGUUCUCGAUAACUCUGGUUUCGAGGUCUAUGUGGACUUGAUUUUGGCCGAUUGGUUAAUACAAUCCGGCAAAGCUUCAAAGAUCGUAUUCAACUGCAAGACCAUUCCUUGGUUCGUCUCUGAUGUCAUUCCUCAAGAUAUCCCAAUUCUUCUCGACGCCUGCUUGGAUCGUACCUUUUUCCCUGACAACGAUAAGCGAUCCGCUGAAGAUUUUGAAGCCUUGGAAACAAUGGUGAAUCGUUGGAAAUCUUAUAUCCAAGAUGGUCGUCUCGUUGUUCGUGCCCAUCAAUUCUGGUGUACAGGCCUUUCUUAUUGGAUGCUCAAGACCGAGGCUCCUGAUUUAUUUGACGACUUGAAGCAAUCCGAUCUCGUCAUUUUCAAAGGCGACCUCAACUUCCGCAAGCUCGUCUAUGAUUGCGAUUGGCCUGUGACCACGCCAUUUAGAACAGCUAUCGGUGUCCACAUGGCAGAGGAAUUUACAAACGUUGUCUCUCUUCGCACGAACAAGGCUGAUACAAUCGUUGGAUUGAAAGAAGGCGUGAAAGAAGAAGUUGAGAAACAUGCGACUCCCCUUGAAUGGCGAUGCAGUGGCAAGUAUGCCGUAGUCCAAUACAAUAGAUGCCCUCAAUAA